GUUCCUAUGGGACUUGCAAGAGUCAGUCAGUGAGUUAGUCGGUUAGUUGAUCAACCGGUAUUUCGGUUUCUUCCUAUGAUCAAACAAAUUUACCUGUGUAUCGAUGUUUUCAACGAUCUAUAAUCAUUUUUGUAUCACGAUCAUCAAUAAUAUAAGAAUAAUAAAACAUCGAAAUAAUUAUUUUUUUAAUCGUGAUUAGGAGCAAUGCGAAAGUCUAGAGGACUAUUUACGAUCAUUUGCGGUCUUCAUUUGUUAUUUUCAGUAAACACUCGUGGAUGGUCGUUGGGUUUAUUCGAUUGGAGAACCAAACAUCAAUCAGAGAUUCUUAAUUUAAAAACACAAUCCAGGGUUCUCAAUUUUUUUCCUAUCCCAGUUGAGGAAGAGUGUCUAGCUUCAGAUAAACGACGACGUGGGAUAUGCAUGAACACGUAUCAAUGUCGUAUUCAAAAUGGAAAAUCAUAUGGACCGUGUGCCCUUGGAUUUGGUGUUUGUUGUAUAUUUACGGCAAGUUGUGAUCAAGAGGUGCAGAAUAAUUUGACCUACGUGACCAGUCCUGGUUUUCCGAACCUCAUCGACCGACCCAUGAACUGCUCGGUAGUCGUCCAGAAGAUCGAUAGGCAGGUCAGCCAAUUGAGGAUCGACUUCUUACACUUCAACAUAGGUCAACCUAACGUAAAAACUGGUAUUUGUGAUGAGGAUAUUAUGGAAAUAAGGAAUGGUAAUAAAUCGUCUUUGAGAUUGUGUGGUUGGAAUAGCGGACAGCAUAUAUAUUUAGAUGUAAACGAGGCCGACGAACCAGUGACCCUUGACUUUAAGCUACCAAAUGGACUUCAUUCGCGAAUGUGGGAAAUGAGAGUGAUCCAAUUGGGUUUUGAGGAUCGUGCACCAGCUGGUUGUCUUCAAUAUUUUAGUUCACCAAAUGGUACCCUCAGAACAUUGAAUUAUCUACCAAAUGGGCGAUUUCUUGCGAAUCAGGAUUAUCUAAUUUGCGUGCGUCAAGAAAAGGAAAUGUGCGGGAUAGCUUAUUCUCCUUGUUCGAAAGAUUCCUUUCGAAUAGGAACACCAAGAUUGCGAUCACGGCAAAUUGUAUCGAGUACUGACGUUAUUGUUCCUCAAACUAAUUCUACUAACAACAAUUUUAUAAAUAGUAGUAAUAAUAACGUUAACGGUAAUUCUACGGAUACUGAACAAACGGAUCUUUUAACGGAAGGAUCUGGUAGUGGUCCGGAAGAAGAAGAAACUGUUACAACUUCAACAGUAUUAACUAGAAGAUGCAGAGACAAAGUUCUUAUACCUUGCGAUUUUGAGGAAUUUAUCACGCCCGGCAACAACGGUGUUGGAAUUUGUAAUCUCGAACAUUGCGGUGAUUCGUUGUGCGAUAGAAACGAGCUAGACAACGAUGGAAAUUGUCGUGUUGAGACUUGGGCAACGCCCUUUCGUAUAAGGGUUGCGUUUGGUCCUGGAGAAGAUACAGGAACCACAUUGGAGGACAAUAUUGGCAUGUGUCUUACAUACGAACAGCUACCUUGUGUACCUUGAACGAUUUAACAAUGUGAUCUAGUGUCAAAAGUGCAAUAGUAGAAAGAAAAUGGAAGAGAAUUAGGAAAAGACGAAAAUAAGGGAAGGAUAAAACAUUUUUCAUGAUAGACGUGACGUGUCAAAGAGUCAAAUAGUAUUUUUUAUUUACAAACAAACUAGCUUAAAUCGUAAACGCAGCGCGCAACUCUCGGUACAAUAAUAUAUAUAUAUAUACAUAUAUAUUAUAUAUAUAUAUAUAUAUUUCGCCUUUGUUUUUGUCCUUUUAUUUUUUACUUUAUUUUAUUUUAUUUUAUUUUAUUUUAUUUGUUGUUUUAUUCAUCCGCUCGGUCCCCUCGAUAUCUCCCCGAAAUUUUCGUCGGCAACAUUUAGCGUGAUAAAUAUGUACUUACAAUUUAUUUUCAGAUUACUUAUUAUAACACGCGUUUUAUCGUACGUGUGAUGCCUCACGAAAUGGGCCGACGACCACGACGAGGAUCGUAGCGAUAACGGCGAUGACGAUGUUACAAGAAUAGAAAUGAUAAUAAUGCUUGUUUUAAUAAACGAGUUACGUCGACUAUGCGCCAUUUUUUUUUUUUUUUUACGUUCAAAUGUAAAAUUCGACUUAUCUUCUUCUUUUUUUUCUUCUUUUUUAUUGGUACUAAUACUUACGCAUCUGUCGACGUAUGUACGUAAAUAUGUUGUUUAGAGAGAUUUUGUGUAUAUUUUAUUUCUUCUCUCUCUCUCUCUUUUUCUCUCUCUCUCUCUCUUUCUCUUUCUCCCAA